UGCUUUUGACUGCAGAUGGUGGAAUAUUUUAACAGAAAGGCUAAUAUUUCAGCAAGCCCUCUUGGUAGCUUUAAUGUAGCAUUCAGUUUCACUGGUGCAAAGCAUUUAGAUGCUACUACUACAAAGACACUUUGUAUGGAUGGAUAUUUCAUACCACUUGCUAGGCUUCAACUCAUGAACUCACAACUAGUAUUACAGGAAAGUGUUAGAAGAGCUGUCCCAGCAUCAUGGGACCCACCUGCAUUAGCAAGCUUCAUUGAAAAUUUUGGGACUCACAUAAUUACAUCUGUAACUAUUGGUGGUAAAGAUGUAAUUUAUGUUAAACAGCACCUUUCAUCACCUCUGUCGACAAUGGAAAUAAAAAAUUAUGUUCAUGAUAUUGGAAGUCAGAGGUUCUCCAGCACAGACAGCCUUACAAGUUCAGGUUUAUUGAAAUACAAGGAUAAGUCCAGCGAUCCGUCGAUAUUCAAUAGCCAAGGGAUAUAUCCCCAGCCCACUAAUGCUCCAUAUAUUGCUGGAAAUGGGAAAGAGGAUGUCACGGUCAUUUUUAGAAGAAGGGGAGGGGAUGAUCUGGAACAAAGCCACACACAAUGGGCAAAAACUGUCAGAUCAUCUCCAGAUGUCAUUGAGAUGUCGUUCUUCCCUAUAACUCUCCUGCUUGAAGGAAUCAAAGGGAAAGAGCAUUUGGAGCGUGCUAUAAGUCUUUAUCUUGAAUACAAGCCUCAAAUUGAAGAGCUGAGAUAUUUCCUAGAGUUUCAGGUCCCAAGGGUAUGGGCCCCUGUACAGACCAGAUUUCCAGGCCAACAAAGAAAGGAACCUGUUUGCCCGCAUCUGCAGUUCAGCAUGAUGGGCCAAAAGCUCUAUGUUAGCCAAGAACAAGUGUCAGUGGGGCGUAAGCCUGUGACUGGCAUGCGGCUAACUCUUGAAGGCUCCAAGUCAAAUCGAUUAUGCAUCUAUCUUCAACAUCUGACUUCCCUUCCUAAGAUCCUUCUUCCAUGUUGGGACACUCAUGUAGCCAUUGGCGCUCCAAAGUGGCAGGGCCCUGAGGAGCAAGAUAGUAGGUGGUUUGAGCCAGUGAAAUGGAAGAACUUUUCUCAUGUGAGUACUGCACCAAUUGAGUGUCCUGAAACUUUUAUAGGUGAUGAUCACUCUGGCGUGUACAUAGUCACGGGUGCACAGCUUGGGGUGUGGGACUUUGGGUCAAGAAAUGUGUUGUAUAUGAAGCUUCUGUAUUCUAGACUACCAGGAUGCACUAUACGGAGAUCACUGUGGGACCACACCCCGAAUGAUAAGCCGAACAAGCAGGUCAAUUCUGGGAAUAACAAUGGUGAUGCAAGUACUGUUACAGGGGAGAAUGCUAUAGGCAAUAAGUUGGCAAAGUUUGUUGACAUGACCGAGAUGAGUAAGGGGCCUCAAGAUCCUCCUGGUCACUGGUUAGUGACAGGUGGAAAACUUGGUGUUGAAAAAGGGAGAAUUGUUUUGAGAUUGAAGUAUUCGUUGUUAAAUUAUUAGUUGAUACUGGUUAGAACAUGCUGCAUAACAAGUGAUGGUCCUUUGGUGUAUAUGGUUUUUUUUUUUUUUUUGGAUGUUUACCAUCUCUGUUUGAUGGUAAGAGUUCUUUUCGGAGAAGGAUGUAUACUAGGUAGUUAUGAUGUGUAAAUUUCUUCAAAUUUUGAAACAAUUAUCUGUUUUCAUUCUAUAAGAGAAUGUGUAGGAAA